UUGCACUAUAUGACAAUGUGUGGCCAUGAUGGUCUUCCUAAUGAUGUUGUUAUGGUAACCAUCAUGAACGCUGACCCUAUGACUCUUUAUACUAAGGAUGAGGAUGGGGAUACUAAACUACACAUAGCAAUUAUUUUGGGAAUGAAAAACCUCGCUUUAUCUUUAAUAUCAGAAGCACCAGACUACAAAUGGCUUUCGUUGGCAAACAAAUUGUACCAGACACCCUUGCAUUUGGCAGUGAUAACGAACCAACCGGAAGUUAUCCGAAGAUUAGUGGUUGCUGGAUCGGAUGUUACGUCACAAGACAAAGAUGGAAAUACCCCUUUACAUAUCGCAUGUCGUGACAGAAAAAUGACAGAAGUUAUUUCCUUGAUUGAACCUGUGAAUUACAGUGAGACAAUACAGAAUAAUUAUGAAAUUCCAUAUCAGAACAUUCCACAAGACUUUUCCAUUUCAAAUUAUCAAGGAUUAACAUGCUUUCACCUAGCCGCAUCGGGAAGACAUUUUGAUAUAAUGAAAGUCUUGAUCAAAAAUGGCACUGACGUAAACAUGAAGGAAGGAAAAUCAGGCAGGACUGUUCUCCACAGUGCUUGUGAGAGUGGCGAUAUAGAACUUGUGCAAUUUCUUCAGGGAAGCCGUACUUGUGACACAAAUGCACGUGCAUUAGACGGCAGAACGCCUUAUGACCUUGCACGUGCCAGGGGACAUGAAGAUAUUUGUUUGGCGCUGGCCGCUGCUGGGUCAGAGGCUAGUUAUUACCACUGUGAUAACUAAAACAGGUUGUGAGAUACAGAGAAGUCAGGUUAUUAAAAAUAUAUCCUAGGACAAAUUUGACUAUAAAUAUGUUGUUGUUGAAUAUUUGUAAAAUGAUUUGAAUAAAGAAAUAGCGUUGGUGAAUAAAAAAAGGUGAUGUUUUCCUCA